AUGAGAUUCCAUGCUUGUGUCGAAGGUAGCGUGAUUGAAUUGCGAAAGGACCUAGAGGAAUCACGAUUGAAGGUAUUUACAUGGGCAUAUGGACUUCCUUUCGUGCACUUGAACAACAAGGUCAGUUCAUGGGCGAUUGAGUUAUUGAGGGGAGAAGGAAGUAGGAAGAAUGUUGAGAGGUGCGGUUGCGUGCUACCAGAGACAUAUGGACUUCCAUGUUUAUGCACAAUGCAGAGAUUCAGUAACAAAGGUUUAGAGUUGUAUCCGCACCACUUACAUCGUUUCUGGUCUUCUUUAAACUACCAUGAUCCACCUGAUCGUGCACAGUGGGAGGACCAUGAUGCCAUUGAGAGCGAUAUUUUCUACCAGAUGGUGGAAAAGGUACGUUGUAGAGGGCCAAAUUUUAUUCGAGCAGCUAUUCCAUCACUUCGAGCUCAUGUUCUCCCUGAGGGCAUGGGUCUUCUUGAGCCUAGGGAUGCAGAGAUUCCGAGGGGUCGACCACCUAGGAGGGAGAACGCCCGAAAACGUUCUUGGGUUGAACACGAGAGAUCACGAGAGGCACACAGAAGUAAUACCACCAGGACAAGCCCCUCGAUGAGGGAUCCCACUCCCCUGAUGUCUGAUCCCACUCCCCCGACGAGGUCCAGACAUACAGGUAAUGCACAAAAGAGUCAAUUGUGGCAAUUCCAUAGUGAGAGGAAUAUGUGUCCAUACCUCCAGUACAUCCCAUCUAGCAUACACCAUCUUGUUAGAGCUUGGUUUGACUGCGAUGGGGAUGGUCAUUGUGGGUUUCGAGCAAUCUCACACAUGAUUCAUGGGGACGAGGGUUACUACUUAGCGAUGAGACAUUACAAUGGGACACUAGAGGAAGUAAUUCGAAGGUUGGAUCAAAAGAAUUCAGGAUGGUGUGGCAACGAGUACUGGUUUGAGGAGGUGGAUCUACUAGCAUUCGCGACAAUGUUCAAUUGUGCCUUUUCAGUCUUCGCGAGAGCAAUUGAUGGGACAUAUGGGUAUAGUGCAUUACCCGUGACAGCGCCACCAUGGACAACAUCUCCAGUUAAUGUUUAUGCCCUCGUUCAUACUGGAGUACAUUGGGUCCGACUUCAACUUGCAGACGUCGGAGGUGUUACACCGAUGCCUCCAUUUAGUUUUCAGUGGUCUCAUCUUCACCAUAUGGAAACUGUUGGUUCUUGGUCAUUGUUGUACCAGGAGGAAAGAAUGUUGUUUUUCACUCUUGGUGGACAUCAGCAGAGCAGACAGGACAAGGGUGAGUCGGAGCAUGUAGAACUUGAGUAG